AUGGCCUUGCAGUGCCUGCCGAGAGAGGGAGAAGACAGCAGAGAGGUUGCCAAGAUGCCCUGCAAACCCCAGAUCAUGUCUCUGUGGGGGUUGGUUUCCCAGAUACCCCCAGAAAAACUGCAGCGGCUCUACGUCGACUUUCCCCAGCACCUGCGGCAUCUCCUGGGUGACUGGCUGGAGAAACAGCCCUGGGAGUUCCUGGUCAGCUCGGAUGCCUUUUGCUGCAACAAGGCCAGCUCCCUGCUUUCUGCCACCGUCCAGCACCUUCAGGCCUCCGCCAGAAAGCAGGGGGAGGGGAGUGCCAUCUUGCAGCAUAUCAGCACCCUGGAGAGCAUCUAUCAGAGGGACCCCCUGAAGCUGGUGGCCAUAUUUAGACAAAUACUUCAAGGGGAGAAAAGAGCUGUUAUGGAACAGUUCCGCCACCUGCCAAUGUCCUUCCACUGGAAGCAGGAGGAACUCAAGUUUAACACAGCACUGCAGCGGCUGCGGCACCGAGUGGGGGAGAUCUGCCUCCUCCGAGAAGCCCUGAAGCAGGAGGCUGAGGCUGGCCAAGUGUCUCUGCACAGCUUGAUAGAAACGUCUGCCAAUGGGACUGGGCCCAGCGAGGCCCUGGCCACGGUGCUGCAGGAGACUGUGGGGGAGCUAGAGGCUGCCCAGGCCCUGGUGCUGAAGAGGAUCCAGAUCUGGAAGCGGCAGCAGCAGCUGGCAGGGAACGGCGCGCCCUUCGAUGAGAACCUGACCCAACUACAGGAGAGGUGUGAGAGCCUGGUGGACAUUUAUUCCCAGCUGCAGCAGGAGGUGGGGGCAGCUGGUGGGGAGCUUGAGCCCAAGACCCGGGCAGCGCUGAUGAACCGGCUGGAUGAAGUCCUGCGAACCCUCGUCACCAGCUCCUUCCUCGUGGAGAAGCAGCCCCCUCAGGUUCUGAAAACUCAGACCAAGUUUCAGGCUGGAGUUCGGUUCCUGCUGGGCCCACGGUUCCUGGGGAACUCUGCCAAGUUCCCGCUGGUCAGGGCCGACAUGGUGACGGAGAAGCAGGCGAGGGAGCUGAGCAGCCCCCAGGGGCCUGGGGCCGGAGUAGAAAGCUCUGGGGAGAUCACCAACAACACCGUGCCCUUCGAGAACAUUGGCUCUGGGAACUGCUGCUCCGCCCUGUUCAAGAACCUGCUUCUGAAGAAAAUCAAGCGGUGUGAGCGGAAGGGCACGGAAUCAGUCACGGAGGAGAAGUGUGCUGUGCUUUUCUCUACCAGCUUCUUGCUCGGCCCCAACAAACUUCCCAUCCAGCUCCAGGCUCUGUCUCUGCCCCUGGUGGUCAUUGUCCAUGGCAACCAAGACAACAAUGCCAAAGCCACCAUCUUGUGGGACAACGCCUUCUCUGAGAUGGACCGUGUGCCCUUUGUGGUGGCUGAGCGGGUGCCAUGGGAGAAGAUGUGCGAAACUCUGAACCUCAAGUUCAUGGCUGAGGUGGGGACCAACCAGGGGCUACUCCCGGAGCACUUCCUCUUCUUGGCCCAGAAGAUCUUCAACGACAACAGCCUCAGCAUAGAGACCUUCCAGCAUCGUUCUGUGUCCUGGUCACAGUUCAACAAGGAGAUCCUGCUGGGUCGUGGCUUCACCUUUUGGCAGUGGUUCGAUGGUGUCCUGGACCUCACCAAACGCUGUCUCAAGAGCUACUGGUCAGAUCGGCUGAUCAUUGGCUUCAUCAGCAAGCAGUAUGUCACCAGCCUUCUUCUCAAUGAGCCUGACGGAACGUUCCUUCUUCGCUUCAGUGACUCAGAGAUUGGAGGCAUCACCAUUGCCCACGUCAUCCGGGGCCAGGAUGGUUCCCCACAGAUAGAAAACAUCCAGCCAUUCUCCGCCAAAGACCUGUCUAUCCGUUCACUGGGGGACCGGAUCCGGGACCUCGCUCAGCUCAAGAACCUCUACCCCAAGAAACCCAAGGACGAGGCUUUCCGGAGCCAUUACAAGCAUGAGCAGAUAGGGAAGGAUGGCAGGGGUUACGUCCCAGCGACCAUCAAGAUGACUGUGGAAAGGGACCAACCACUUCUCGCUCCAGAGGCCCAUAUGUCUGCUAUGCUGCCCACUUAUGAUCUUAGAAUGGCCCCCGACUCCAUGACCAUGCAGCUCAGCCCAGAUAUGGGGCACCAGGUGUACCCACCGCACUCUCACUCUAUCCCUUCAUAUCAAGUCCUCUCCCAGGAGGAAUCAGGCAAUGUGUUCCCAGAACCUCACCUGCAGAUGUCCUCCAACCUGAACCCGAUGAGCCUGCCCUUUGACCAAUCUCACCCUCAGAGCCUGCUACUGUGCCAGACUCAGGAGCAUGCCAUGUCCAGCCCCGAGCCCCUGCUCUGCUCCGACGUGACCAUGGCAGAAGAGAACUGCUUGAACCAGCCAGUAGGGGGGUUCUCUCAACGCACCUGGGUUGGCGAAGACAUGUUCCCACCCCUGCUGCCGCCCACAGAACAGGACCUCACCAAGCUUCUCCUGGAGGGGCAGGGGGAACCGGGGGGAGGGCCUAUGGGAGCCCAGCCCCUCCUGCAGCCCAACCCCUACGGGCAGUCUGGGAUCUCAAUGUCCCACAUGGACCUAAGGGCCAACCCCAGUUGGUGA